AUGUCAUCAGACCCUAGCAAGAUGCCCACCCCUGGGUCAAAGAAGAGCCCGGACUGGAAAGGGAAGGUAGAGGAGCUGUUGGAAUUUUUCGAAGACUUUGAGGAGUUGGCAAAGGUAGCAAGCUUGAAGGACGAGGAGAAGAUGAAGUGGGUGUUGAAGUAUGUGGCUGAGAAGAGCACGAGGAAGUUUUGGAAGUCUCUGGACGCCUACAGCGCAACUCCGAAGGAUUGGGCUGCUUUCAAAAAGGAGAAAUUGACGAAGGCGACAGCUGAAAAACGCAUCAACACGGAGGAACGUUUUAUGAAGUAUUACUCACAUUUCAAGCCAAUGGCGAAGUUCCUAGUUGCCAAGAACAAGAUCAGCACACUGGACAGUAAUCGGUACUUCUGGAAUGGCCUGCCCAAGGAAGUUGAUUAA